AUGAAGUUGUUGAAAAGUGUUGCGUUGACAGCACUUGCAGGCCACGUUGGGAUGGCAAGUGCCCUUUCUCUAUUUGAAGAUGUAGUAUCUCUACCCAAAUUUGAAUUACCACGGCUUCCAAGAAAUGCGUUUCAAGAUAUCAGACCUGGUUCAAAUGAUGAGGGUACUGUUACUUUGGCAUCGGAUAUAGACGAUAGCUACUCUUUGAGAAUAAAGAAGGUUGAUCCUUCGAAAUUAGGGCUGGACACUGUUAAACAGUGGUCCGGUUAUCUUGACUACGAAGAGAGCAAGCACUUCUUUUAUUACUUUUUUGAGAGCAGAAACGAUCCAGAGAAUGAUCCAGUUAUCUUAUGGCUCAAUGGGGGUCCAGGGUGUUCGUCUUUAACCGGCCUUUUCUUUGAAUUAGGGCCUUCAUCGAUUGGCGCCGAUUUAAAGCCAAUCCAUAAUCCCUACUCAUGGAACAAUAAUGCGUCGAUAAUCUUCUUGGAGCAGCCGCUAGGUGUUGGAUUUUCAUAUGGUGAUGAAAAGAUUGUCACUACUAGAGCAGCAGGAAAGGAUGUCUAUAUUUUCUUGGAAUUGUUCUUCCAAGCAUUCCCGCAAUAUAGCUCGAACGAUUUCCAUAUUUCAGGUGAAUCAUAUGCUGGACAUUAUAUCCCGCAAAUAGCUCACGAAAUUGUACUGGAGCAUCCAGAGCGCUCUUUCAAUUUGUCUUCCAUCUUGAUUGGAAAUGGCAUCACUGACAGUUUGGUUCAGUCAGAUUACUAUGAACCGAUGGCUUGUGGCUUUGGUGGCUACCCUGCAGUAUUAUCUGAGGAUAAAUGUGAUAAGAUGAAUAAAGAUGCUAAAAGGUGCCGCGUGCUAGCGGAAAUUUGCUACAAAACGGAAUCAAAUCUGCCAUGCAUUGCAGCUUCCUCCUAUUGUAAUGCUGUUCUCUUAGAUCCAUAUCAGGAGACAGGAUUAAAUGUUUAUGAUAUUCGUGGACCUUGCGAGGAUCAAGACGAGGGCGACAUGUGUUACUACGGUUUGCGUUAUGUUGAUCAGUAUUUAAACCAAGCAUUCGUUCAAGAAGCUCUUGGUUCUGACGUUCACAACUACACAGGCUGUAGUGAAGAUGUGUUUCUCGGUUUCGUAUUGACAGGUGAUGAGGCCAAACCAUUCCAACAGUAUGUUGCGGAAUUGCUUGAUCGUGAUAUUCCCGUAUUGAUAUACGCCGGUGACAAGGAUUUUAUCUGCAAUUGGCUAGGUAAUCGUGCUUGGUCUGAUCAACUCGAAUGGAAGUCCAAAGAAAAUUAUGAAUAUUUGCCUUUGAAGCCCUGGAAGAGUAAGGAUACUGGUGAAGAGAUUGGCCAAAUUAAAAAGUUUGGGCCUCUUACUUUCCUGAGAGUAUACGACGCAGGUCAUAUGGUUCCAAUGGACCAGCCAGAGUCCUCUUUAGAAAUGCUCAAUGGUUGGAUUCACGAUAAGUCUAGGUUGCUAUACUAA